AUGUGUUGCAUUCCUUGGCGCUGUUCUGUUUUUAGUCUAGGAUUGUCAUUCUUUUGCGACACGCGCAUUGCUACGCUCUGCGUCCGCUAUUCCGCGUGCACACACGGCGCCCGCUUCCAAGCAACGCCAACCAUCGAGAGAUACGGAUUUACGAGCAAAUCGUUAAAUGUUCACCAAAGGUCGUUGGAAGCAGCCGGUAUUGAACUCUGCGGUGCUGGCGGAAGCGUUCCUCAAGGUCAGCCGAGCAGCGCGGGUUCCGUGGGAUCCGCGCCUAGUCCUGCGUCCCCAAGGCCAACCCCACAACCACGACCACCCCUUGCCACCACCAGCUCGCAACCUUCACGAACACUGGACGAUGACAGAUCGACAGACGGCGUGGCUGCUGGAACCACCACCGAGGAUUCCGAUGACGGCGAGAGCAGAGCGCAGUACGUUAACGCGAACUGUGUUGUAUUCACGCAUUACCGAGGCGACGCGGCAUCAGAAGUGGAAGAACAUUUUCAGAGAGCCCUUGCUCACGACAAAUUAAAAGAAAAUAUCUCCCCCAUGUCCAUGAGGAAUUUUCCUCCUUCCUUUUGGAAUAGUCAGCAUCCCGGUGAUGUCUACGAGUACCCAACGGAUCCGUGGCAUCCACAUUACCCGCAGUAUCACCACAGGGCUGUGCACGAGUAUCAUCACCACAAUAUGGCGGCGGCGGCGAGCUACGGUGGCCUUCUGCUGGGUGGUGCACGCGGCCUCGGCCACCAUACGUCUCAUCACGCGGCGCAUCACGCGCACGCCGCGGCAUCCUACAAGGAGUGGACGUCGGCGACGCCGUCGCAGUCUCUCGUCGACGCGUCUUCGGCGCCGCCCUACCCUCACGGCCACUAUGCACCCCUCUCCGGACUCGAAUCUCAAGUCCAGGAUUCCAAGGACCUCUAUUGGUUCUAGGAUCGAGCAGGAGUCAUGCGGUUUUCUUAAAGUCAGAGAACGACUGAACGACUCUUCGUUUUUUUUGAUUGAAUGAAAACUCAAUUAGUGCGAAACUGAACGAAGAGGCGCGUGAACUUUUAUUAAGCGAAAACGACGACCGAAUUGUUCGUCGUUACCCACACACGUGUACAUACAAUAGUGAUACCUACAUAUUUUAAGAAUAUUAUUAACGCAAAAAAAAAAAGAAAAAAGAAAAAAAACAGAUAGUAUUAGAGACGAAUUACUUGCGCGCACUAUUACCUUUAUGGUGACUGCUGUUUGACGGUAAAAAGAAAAUUGGUCGUGUGAGAGAAUGUGCGACCGAGAAUUGUCUGCAGCUGGAUACAAUAGAGUAGUACGAUUUAGAAUACGUCGAAAAAAAUACAUCUAAAUUUUCCAAAUAAUUGACACUUAAUAACACGAUUGAAUAUUACGUAAUAUUACGUAGCUCGUCCUUAUUAAUUUAAUACGCAAAUACAUAAAAAAUAUAAAGUGCAAAUUUUUGAG